AUGGGGCAAGAGGAGAGCCACAACGAGGAGAUCGAGCUGGCCCAGAUUCAGGAGCUGUGCAUCAUCUUCUUGAAGGAGUGUCCCAGCGGCGCGCUGCACCUGCACGAGUUCAAGAGGAUCUUCGGGGUGCAGAGCACCUCGCCGGAGGAGUCCCUCUUCCUGGAGACCAUCUUCCGCUCCUUCGACUCCAAUCAGGACAACACCCUUGAUUUUCUGGAGUACGUGGCCGCGCUCAACCUGAUCCUGCGGGGAAACAUGGAGGACCGGCUCAAGUGGUCCUUCAAGAUGUACGACAAGGAUGGGAACGGAAAGCUGGACCGACGGGAGGUGAAGCGGAUCAUAAGGAUUCUUUAUAAAAUCAAGCUGCAGACCAGUGACAUAGAAAUGACUCCGUCUCAGAUCUGCGACCGGCUCUUCGAGGUGGUGGACCAGAAUCACGACGGCCACCACAGCGGUGUUUACACCCCAGAGGAGGAGAUCCUCCUGACCUGA